AUGGGAACUGGUGCCACCAAAUCUCCAGCCGACAAAAUGAUGUAUCAAAAGUGUCAGCAAGCAAUGAGAAAAAAAUAUACCCAAUGUGAUCCAAGCGACUUUUAUUGUGCUUGUCGCGAUGGAAAGCUGGAUUAUGUAAGAGAGCAUUUACCAAAAAUGUCAACAAACGAUGUCGACAAAUUGGAAGGAAUCGGUGACACAGCACUUCAUGUUGCAACACGUAAUGAUCACAAGGAAAUUGUUGAACUAUUGCUGAAAGCUGAUUGUUCUACAACAACACUGAAUAAAGAUGGUAAGAUGCCACCCGAAGAAAUUAAAACACCAGAAAUGAAAAAAAUAUAUAUGCGUCAGACAUCAUCAUAUUUCCAUGAUCCUGAUUCUAAAACAACUUUCGAUGUUUUUCAACGCAUCAAGUUAGAAAAGGUGCAAUCCACAGACCAAGAACAACAGCAAAAGCGUGAUUGGAUACAGACAUUCAAAGACUUGGAUGAGCUAAAGCAACAUUCAUUAAAUGAGCAAACAGCUGCUAUGUGGUGGAAAGUUUUCCAUUGGGUAUCGCAUACAUUCCAUAGAACUUUAGAUAGACAUGAUUUCCGUGCUAAUUUAUUUGAUUUGGAAUCUGAUAGAGAUUUUGAUGAGUUUCUCAAAAAAAACAUAGAGGACGAUGUCGCAUAUCAACGAACAAAAGAAGCAUUGAGAGUGGCUGACACAGCAAAGGACAUUGUCCCAUUGAUUACUUUGUAUACUAGUGAAUACGGUAAGAACAAAAAAGCAUUUUACAAGAUGUUAAAUGAACAACUGGCUUUAGCAUCGGAAAACGACCUUGAUACGUCUCAUUUCUGCAAGCGCUUCGUUUAUGAAUUCGAUAUGAAGUCUGACCAGCUUGAAAAACGUGCUUAUACCGGACAAACAUUUCGUGGUGCACUAAUGAGCGAAUCAGAUAUUGAGCAAUAUAAAGAACUUACGGCCAAGGGAGAAAAUGGUGUAAUAGCUCUAAGAACAUUUACAUCAACAUCAAGAAAAAGAGACGUAGCAAUGGGUUUUGUGGAAUCACAAGCCGGGAAGGAACGUGUUUUAUAUGUAUUCAAUAUACCGAAUCGAACUAACGGAAUAGUUUCUGUGAAGGAUGUAUCUAGAUAUCCUCUCGAAGAUGAAGUGUUAAUUAUACCAGGAAAUCUAUUUACCAUUUCUUGUGUACAUAAAAAUGAAGAUGAAAAUUUAACUGAAAUACAUCUGGAACAUAUCAACACAAAAGUAUCAACUUUCAAAAAACUUCUUCAUACCAUCAAAGCUAUGCGGCAAAGACCCAAAAUGUUAGAAAAUAAUGACACAAAUAUAAGAUGA